AUGAAUGACCUUGAAGAACUCGAUCUACAAAACAACUCCGAUCUAUCCAGGGAAGAGCUUAACAAAGGGCAAGCGGAAUACAUCAAUUGGAUGACCAUGCAAGAUUCUAUCCUCAAGCAGAAAGCAAACAUCAAGUGGUUCGAAGAAGGUGACUUUAAUACUAAGUAUUUUCAUAGUCUGAUCAGGGAAAAAAGAAGAAGGUUACAGCUUCACAAAAUAAAAGAUCACAGGGACAGAUGGUUGGAAGGAGAUGAUAACAUUGCAAAAGAUGCUAUUAGACACUUCCACAAGAGAUUCAACAUUACGCACCAGUUUAAGGACACUGAUAUUCUUGAUUGCAUUCCUAGGAUUAUCACUGGUGAUGAUAACACUUUACUGACUGUUGUGCCUAAUAUGGAGGAAAUUAUAGAUGUUGUUUUUUAUAUGGGUGCUAAUAGUGCAGCUGGUCCUGAUGACUUUAACGACACAUUUUUUCAGAAAUGCUGGGAUAUAAUCAAAGACGAUAUCACUAACUUUGUACAAGAAAUCUUCAAUUGA